UACCUUGUUAUCCUUUGUAACACCAUAACCAUAACCAUCCAUGAAGUUUCAUGCCAUUAAUGAAAGUAAAACUCAAAUCUUAACAAGAAGAUCAACCACAUAUUCAAAAAUAUUAGUCCAUCUUAUAGCCCUAACACUCAUCAUCACCAUUCUCCCUAUCUACUACCCUUACAUACAUUACAUCCUUGAAAAGACAACUUCAAUAACUUCACCUUCCGAUCGCGUACAUGUUCAGACCGCCACAACUCUCUCCCACCACCACCCUCUCUACCGACCCACCACCCUUGAAAAGGAGAAUGAUCAAAAGGUGGUGAUGCAUGAAGGGAGGGGGCGGCGGGAGGGGGUGUUGAGGCGGUCGGGUGGUAGUGGUAACAAGUCUUGUGACUUGUUUUCUGGAGAAUGGGUGGAGAGCUUGGAAGGGAGUUAUUACACAAAUGAGACAUGUUGGGCUAUACAAGAGCAUCAAAACUGUUUGAAAUUUGGGCGGCCGGAUCGAGGUUUCUUGAAAUGGAGAUGGAAGCCUUAUAGUUGUGAAUUGCCUGUGUUUGAUCCUGUGGAGUUUUUGGAGAUGGUGAGGGGGAAGUCUCUUGCAUUUGUAGGUGAUUCUGUAGCAAGAAAUCAUAUGCAAUCUCUUGUUUGCCUCUUAUCAAGGGUUGCAUAUCCAAAUGAUGUUUCAAACUCAAGUGACCUGAAUUUCAAGCGAUACGAGUACCCAGAAUACAACUUCACCAUUUCAAUCUUUUGGUCACCUUACUUAGUGAACACCGAAAGAACCGAUGGGCAAGAUAUAACACAACCAUUCAAACUCUACCUCGAUGAAUUCGACGAAUCUUGGACGUCCCAAAUCGAAAAUUUCAACUAUGUCAUCAUCUCAGCGGGCCAAUGGUUUUUCCGACCCACAAUAUUCUACUCAGACCGCCAUGUAAUUGGUUGUCUCUAUUGCCCGGAAACCAGCAUCCGCCACCGCUCCUCCACCUUUAGCUAUAGGAGGGCGUGGCGGACUGCUUUCCGGGCAAUUUAUAGCUUAAAGAACUUCAAAGGUAUUGUUUUCUUGAGAUCUUUUGUACCUUCACAUUUUGAAGGUGGGCCAUGGGAUAAAGGUGGGGAUUGUGUAAGAACAAAGCCUCUCAAGAGUAAUGAGAGUGUGAUGGAAGAUUAUAAUGUAGAAAUGUACAAGACUCAAUUGCAAGAGUACAAGUAUGGGGAGCGUGAAGGGAGGAAAAAGGGGGUUAAAAUUACUCUUAUGGACAUGACCCAAAUUAUGCAAUUGAGACCAGACGGUCACCCUAGCAAAUAUGGUCAUUUGCCAUUGCAAAAUGUGACCAUGGCUAAUGACUGUGUCCAUUGGUGCUUGCCUGGUCCCAUUGACUCUUGGAAUGAUUUCUUGAUGGAGUUGAUGAUCAGGGAAGAGUGUCGUAGAUAGUCUCGAAUGUAUCGAGAAGUUGUACGAUAUGCAUAUACAUUUACAAAUUAGAACAUCAUAUUGAUUAGUUCUACAUGUAAGUAAUGGAAAACAAGUAUAUUUGUGUACCUAGUAAGCUAGCAACGGCAACAGACAGGGAAAUAGACGACAUGAUUGUUAGAUUGGUCGAGUUCCCGUUUAGGAUGUACAGUUAAUGAUGGAAUUAAUCUUAUUGAUGAACUCGUGAAUGGAGAGAAAGGGGGGACGGAAUUGAUGUGUGAUGUUAGGAAAUAUGUAAUCUUUAAUCUCUCUAUUUAACAUCUUAUAUACACUCAAGGGGAAACCCUUUAUUAGUUAAUAACAAUAAUACGGUCCAUCACGUAUUGAAUGAAA